AUGACUGCUCUUCCGGUGAACAGCCCGGUGUUCGAAGAGGCGAUCAAAGUGACACCGCUCGACUCGCAUCGUUAUUCGGCAUUGCUACGAGAUGAAUGGUGUAUCGGAACAGUUCCGCACGGCGGAUACACUACCGCCGUCAUAUACCGUCUCGCCCUUACCCAUUUCGCGCACACGCAUCCGACUUUGUACGAUGCACCGGCAACACCAAUAUCAAUUCAACUUUCGUUUUUGCGUCGCACAGCUACCGGCCCAGCUAUUCUGACAGUCCAAGAUAUGAAAGUAGGGGCGCGCACCAGUACAAUCCAUAUCAACCUAUGCCAGCCCAGCGAGAAGAAGGAAAAGAAAGGUGAGCUAGAAGUGAAGGUGGCCGGCUACGUCACCGUGAGUCCGCCUACCGCUGAAAUGGGCGUUACCUCCAACACCAACUGGAGUCUACAACCAGCUGCACAACCCGGAUCGGGGCCGAAUGGCAGCGUAAACCUAGCGGCGCUAGGCCAAACUGGCCGGGAUGGUAAGUGGGUGCUUCUUCAGUCCCCCUAUCCCAAUUUCCGCCGCGCAACCCUGCAGCUUGAACUGUAUGGGCCUGACCCGGCAAAGGGGAAUCCCAAGGUGAUCGAUCAAUGGUCGCGAUUUCGGCCUGGCGGGGAUCGCGAGGCACGUUGGACCAACGAGGCUGUGGCAUUUCUAGUGGAUAUGUUUCCAAUGGCGCUUAGUGGGCUUGACCAGAUGGCAUCGGCAGCGUCCACGCAGUCGCAGGAGUCAGCGGAACAAACUGCUCGGUUUUGGUAUCCGACUGUCACAUUGAAUAUCGACUUCAAGAAGCGAUUACCUGUGCAGGGUGCAGAAUGGCUAUACAGCCGGGUCCAUACUAAAGUGGUGCGGGAUGGCAGAACAGAUCUGAACGUGGUGGUGCUGGACGAACAGGGUGAUGUGGUGGCAUUGAGCACGCAGGUGGGAUUGGUGUUGAGCGCCAGUCGGAACCUCGGGCAACGGCAGACGAAGAUGUAA